AGUAGUUAUUUUGCAGUGACAGAUAAAGAAACUCUAAUUUUAUUGAAUGACAAGUGUUUUUUUUCGACUGCAGACUGGUUGUUUGUUAUUUUCACGGUGUUGGUAGUGCUUCAGUUAAUUUUGUUGUGCUUAAAAAGGAUAAUUACGCCUCGUGGAUUCCUGUAACGUUAAAUUGCAUGCUUGAUUUCGAUAAACGCUAUAAUACGACUAACUCCAAUUCGUAGAUAACAAACAAUAACUAAUCUAAGUACGUAAACGUGUAACAUUUACCUCGUGCUAGCCUUUCCCACUCAGGCGCCAGUCGGCCGUCAUCCAUCAUGGUGCGUGACGUCACAAGUUUCUAUUGGAGCGCCAGUAAUCACGUGGUGGGUUAAAACGCCGCGGUGGGCGUAAACAAGUGUGAGCGCGAGAGAGAGCCUUCGGUAGUAGGGGAACAGAAAAAAGAACUUCUAUGCAAUGAGGUAGUGCGUUAGAAGUCCCCACCGUAAACUCUGGCAACUUCAGAGCUUUUGCGUUAGAGCUUUAGAAAAAUUAAUGAUCAUGAGUUCGUUUUUGAUGAACCCCGUUUCUGGAGCUCUCCCGUCGAGCUAUCAGCAAGCUCAACAUAUAUCAGCCGGUGUCGUAGUUGACCCGAAAUUUCCCCCUAGUGAGGAGUACAGUCAGAACAGUUACAUCCCGUCGCCAACUGAGAAUUUUUUCGGGAACCACCACCUCAGUCAGCCACAGCACCACUUGCAAUAUGGUUACCACAACCACCACCAAACGACUUCCUACGGUUCCGGAGGAAUGCCCUUAUCGAACCAGUACGGAACUUAUGGUAAUUACUAUCACCAUCAGCUGCAUCAUGCACCGCCCUUGCAUUCCCACCAAAUCCGCCCGUCUAUUCAGCUCCACGAGUCGCAACCCCUGGUCAACUGCGAAUCCUUACCAAACAGCCACAAUCAAAACAGUUCGUCUAAUAUUUUGCAAAACAUUGCAGUCAUCGCGCCUUCUGUUUCUCAACCAAGUGAUGUGAACUCUAGUGUGUGUAGUCCUGCUUCUGUUGGUCAUGGACAAGAAUCCAGAGGGUCUCCUCCCGGACAUUCAUUGCAGGAGUUAGGACUCAGGUUAGAAGAUAGUGUUUCUGAUGGACCCGAUGAUCUGGAUGAUCAGGGUAGCUCAACGAACAAUGAUGAAGAUGACGAUGACGAUGAAAAUGGUGAUAGGCCGAUUUAUCCUUGGAUGAAAAAGGUCCAUGUUGCAGGAGCUUCCACCGGAGCCUUCGCCCCGGGCAUGGAGCCAAAACGGCAGCGCACCGCCUAUACCCGCCACCAGAUCCUCGAACUAGAAAAAGAAUUCCACUACAACCGCUACCUCACAAGACGGCGCCGCAUUGAAAUCGCUCACACGUUGGUCCUCUCCGAGCGACAAAUCAAAAUCUGGUUUCAGAACCGUCGAAUGAAGUGGAAGAAGGAUAACAAAUUGCCCAACACGAAAAACGUCCGCAGAAAAACCAACCCCGCCGGGGUCACCACCGCCGCCAAGUCGGGGGGCAAAGUUCGGGGAAAAACACAAAACGGCACUCCGGGCAAUAACAAUGACAAACGGAAAAACAACAACAGGGACCUGGAGGGGUUGAGGGAGGACAUGAUGGACAUGUCGCUGAGCGGGCAUCUGGCCCAUCAGAUGACCCCCACGAGUCUCCACCACGGGGGCAUGCUGCACGGGGACGGUGGCAUGCACAUAGGGUCGAUGGGGCAGUCGCUCGCCGCCCUCUCGUCUUCGGAGGGGUGUGGGGUGCCAGGGACGCCGCAGCCCGUUAUUAAAUCGGAUUACGGACUCACCGCCCUUUAAGAGUAAGGGAGAGUGUGAAGCUCAAUGUGUAAAAAGGUUAGGUUUGUUGGAGGAUUGUGUGAUUGAGCAGUUAUUUUGAAAUGGAAGACAUUUCUAACACUCUAUAGUUCAUUUAGUUUUACGAUUCAGUAACGGGUGAAAGGUCACGGUUCAGGAAAAACAUAUGGGGCGUAGUACAUAGAUAUAAUAUUAUACACUGACUAGUGCAGUUUCACGGAAUCAACCCUUCUAUAGUUACUAUAAUUUUCUAUACUUUAUGAGUAAAACUGGCGUUAAUUGCAGAAAUCUAACAAGAAGGUAAACAUCUGACGUUUGACGACUUUUCACUUUAUAAAAAUGAAAAUUUUUAUGUAAAUACAUGAAAUACUCUUGAGAAAAAUUACUGAAUCUGCUCAAAAAUAUUGCACAUAUCGAAAAAAAAUCAUUUUGUUGAAAUUAUUCGUGUGUUUGUGGAUUACUAUUGUCUCCCGUACCAGUCGACUACGGUAUCACUGGUUGGGGCAAUGAGUUCCGUUUCAAACAGAAUCAUGUGGUUUCCUCCACUGACUGCGUAUUAUGGUCACAGCCAAGUUGUUCGUUUGGCCUAGUCUGCAGUUCCCUUCGUGCUCCUUCAGCAUUGUUGCUAUGGAUCUUUUGUUGGUUCCGAUGUAUACCUUCCCAUAAGUGAACAGUAUGCGAUAAACCCCUGUUGCUGAUCAUGGGUCCCUUUUGUCUUUAGCCGACCUGAGGCUAUCUUGUAUCUUCUUAGUGAGUUCAAAACCCGUUUUAAUGAAGAUCAAACUGUUUUAUCUUCCUGUUGAAGAUGAUCACUUGGUAAUUGAAACACAUGUCGAGGUGUUGAAAAUAACUGUUUCGUGUUAGAAUAGAAAUUCAGUAAUAUUCACUUCCAAAGCAAUCAGAAAAGAGACCGCUUUAAAAGCAUUGUUAAUGGAAAGCU